CGUCAGUCUUGUGAAGCACUUCCGCCUGAAGCUCCGCCCUUCCUCGCCGAUGACUGGCCGAGCGGCAGCGUUUAGUACUCUCAUUGGUGCUCAGCGCCUUCCGGUGGGCGGAGCCGUGAAGCUCUUUUCGAGCCGGGCAGGGCCAGCACCGGGAGUGUCAUGGCGGCGCCGCUGAGAGACCGGUUGAGUUUUCUGAGCCGGCUGCCGCUGCUGCUCAGGGCCACGGCGGACGACGACGGGCCCUGCCCCGGGUACCUGUUCGAGGAGAUCGCCCAGAUCUCCCGGGAGUCCCCCGGCAGCAGCCGCUGCCUGCUGGAGUUCCUGCUGCCCCGGCUGCAGGGCGGCUCCUGCCGCGUCAAGAUCAAGGUGCUGAAGAUCCUGCUGCACGCCUGCGCGCAGGGCUCCCCGCACUUCGUGCUGCAGCUCAGGAGGAACGCUUGCUUCGUCCGGGAGGCCGCAGCGUUCUCCGGGCCCCCAGACCCGCUCCACGGAAACAGCUUGAACCAGAAGGUGCGGGCGGCCGCGCAGGACUUGGCCACCAUUCUGUUCUCGGAUGCGCCGCUCCCCCCGCCGGCCGCGCUGCCUGCUCGGCCCCCGCCUCCCGCAGGCAUGGGCUCCGGCCCCAGCCCCUGCGGCUCCUUGCAAGGAUUCGGUUUCAGCGGUGAGAAAAGCGGCUCCGCAUCGCCGGGGGAAGCCCUGCUCAGCACCAUCCAGCGAGCUGCUGAAGCGGUGGCCCAGGCUGUGCUCCCGUCGCCAGAGCGGCCCCGGCCGUGCCUCAGGGAGCUCCCUGAGGACGCCUACCAGCCUGUGACAGCCCCCUCGCCCUCCUGCAGCCCGACCGGGGCGGUGAAGCCACCAACAGCCACCACAGCGCACAGCAGCAGAGUGAGACACCAGCCCGGGCUGGCCGGGGGCGGCUGGGAGGAGGCGGACAGCGGGCACAGCUCCCAGGACUCCUCGCGGGGGAACAGCGACCUGAGCCGCACCUCGGACUCCUGUAGCAAAUCAGGCAGCGACAGCCACUCCGGGGCCAGCCGGGAGCUGCCCCCCGCAGCCGAGAGGGUGGACGCUGACGGCCUGGGCGACUGCCUGCGGGAGGUGGGGCUGGUGUCGGCGCUGACCCACGGUGCCCGGGUCUUCCUCACCCGGGAGGAAGCACAGCACUUCAUCAAGGAGUGUGGUCUGCUCAAUUGCGAGGUGGUGCUGGAGCUGCUCAGCCGGGCGCUGGAGGACCCCAGUGACAGCAUCCGCAUGCGCUCCAUGUGCGCCAUCUCCUCCCUCGUGUGCUCCGACCUCCUCGCCCCCGACCAGAUCUUUGCCGCAACCCGGCAGCGCCUCCAGCAGCUCAGCCAAGGCAGCCCCGGACCUGUUGCCAACCGAGCAAUGAAACUCCUGCGGCAGUUCGAGGCUCUCUGCAGGGACCAGCCCUCCCUGAAGGCUACACGCCCGCACUCGGACCCCUCCAUCCUCACCGUGGGCACUGCCCCGUGCACCAGGGACCUGCUGACGGAUGUGUCACCCCCAGCAGGCGAGAGCCUUCUCCCUGCCCUGAGCGCAGCCCCACUCCCUGUGCCUGCAGCGGCCCCUGGCCAGGAGCAGGGGCUGGAAGCGGAGCCCCCUGGGCCACCCAGUGCCGUGGUGCCAGCCUGGCCCCGCGAAGAGGAGGUGGCCGGCCAGCUGGCAGGCAGUGUGACAGGUGCCACUGGACCCUCCCGCAGCCUGUCCCUGUUCGCUGGCAUGGAGCUGGUGGCCCGGCCCAGUGCGGUGCUCUGCCCGGACUCUCCGCCAGCAGAGCCACGGACACUGUCCCAGCCCCAGGACAGACAGACAGACACAGAGGGCAGCCAGGAGCCGUCAGCCUUUGCCUUCCUCAAUGUGUAGCUGCUGCUGGGGGCUCUGCCUUCCCUCCCCCCAGGGCCUCUUCUGCGAUGGCCCUUCAGGGAAAAGUGAAGGAGCAGCCCCAUGUGCCCCUUCUCAUGGGGCUGAGGGCAGGGGGGCUGCAGGGGCCAGGGCUUUGGUGAGGUUGAGGUGUCCCUGUCACUGUUGUUUUGCCAGAAGCCCCUGGUGUCAUGGUGCCAGUGGAAGGGCCCAGCUUGUGGCACCCCCUGGGAUCGGGCAGCACCCACGGGGCUGAGUGGAGCGCGGUUUGGGGUCCCUGGCACAGCCCGGGGGGCUCUGAGAUGCCCUGUGGUGGUGGCUGUGGGGGGCAGGCGCACUCCCCGUGGGGCUGGGACCCACCAAUAAACCCCGGCUCGUGUCUGGGAA